GGACCGGAAAGCGGAAGUGGCGCUCAGCACGUGGGGGCGGUGCCGAACGGAGGGUUCUCAGUCCUCUUGGUUUGUGGGAAGUGAGGCUGGCAGCAUCAGCGGUGGAGGACGAGGAGCAGGGAGCAGGGAGCAGGAAGCUGGGAAGACGCUGCAAAGCUCGGAGACCCGCUGAGCGUCAUGGAGGGCUCAGGGGAGCAGCCGGGCCCACAGCCACCGAAUCCCGGGGACCACCGCAUCCGCGACGGCGACUUCGUGGUGCUGAAACGGGAAGAUGUGUUCAAAGCAGUGCAAGUCCAGCGGAGAAAAAAAGUAACUUUUGAAAAACAGUGGUUCUAUCUGGAUAACGUCAUUGGCCAUAGUUAUGGAACCACAUUUGAGGUGACCAGUGGAGGAAGUCUUCAGCCGAAGAAGAAGAAGGAAGAGCCUACUUCAGGAAAUAGUUCAGCAGUUGAUUGAAAAUAGUACAACAUUCCGAGACAAGACAGAAUUUGCUCAAGAUAAAUAUAUAAAAAAGAAGAAAAAGAAAUACGAAGCCAUCGUUACUGUUGUGAAACCAUCCACCCGCAUCCUUUCAAUUAUGUAUUAUGCCAGAGAACCUGGAAAAAUUAACCACAUGAGAUACGAUACACUAGCCCAGAUGUUGACAUUGGGAAAUAUUCGUGCUGGCAAUAAAAUGAUUGUAAUGGAAACAUGUGCAGGCCUGGUGCUGGGUGCAAUGAUGGAACGAAUGGGAGGUUUUGGCUCCAUUAUUCAGCUGUACCCUGGAGGUGGACCAGUUCGGGCAGCAACAACCUGUUUUGGAUUUCCCAAAUCUUUCCUCAGUAGUCUUUAUGAAUUCCCCCUCAACAAAGUGGACAGUCUUCUAAAUGGAACAUUUUCUGCCGAGAUGUUAUCUUCAGAGCCAAAAGACAGUGCUUCGGUUGAAGAAAGGAAUGGCACACUGGAGGAAAAACAGACUUCAGAACAAGAGAAUGAAAACAGCAUGGCAGAGGCCCCAGGGAGCAAUCACCCCAAAGAACAAGAAACAAUGGAAAUUGUCUCUCAAGAUCAAGAAUAUAAGGAGGCUAAAGAGAGAAGAAGCAAAAAGGAUUAUAUUCAGGAAAAGCAGAGGAGACAAGAAGAGCAAAGGAGAAGACAUUUAGAGGCUGCUGCUCUGCUGAGUGAGAGAAACGCGGAUGGUUUAAUUGUAGCAAGUCGUUUUCAUCCCACGCCACUGCUGUUGACUUUGCUGGACUUCGUGGCCCCUUCAAGGCCGUUUGUGGUCUACUGUCAGUAUAAAGAGCCUCUGUUGGAAUGCUACACAAAACUGCGGGAAAGAGGAGGGGUCAUCAACCUCAGGGUAUCUGAAACCUGGCUCAGAAAUUACCAGGUUUUGCCAGAUCGAAGUCAUCCCAAACUACUGAUGAGCGGAGGUGGGGGGUACCUUCUGUCAGGCUUCACCGUUACCAUGGACAACCUUAAAGAAGACCCCAGCCUCAACUCCAACUCGAGCACUUUAGAAUUACAUAAGACUGAAGAGCCAGCAGCCAAAAAACGGAAAUGCCCCGAGUCUGACUCUUAACCUUUCAAAGUUGCUUUGAUUUUUGCUCUCAGGCAUUACACAGUUAGUAAUUAAACUUUAAAUGUCAUUACUAACUGUUUUUCCAUAUCCUAAGAAUAAGAUUGUGUCUAUACACCUGUUCUUGGGAAAGACAAGUAAGCCUUUGUUCACCUCUGACCAGAUGGGUUUGGUCUGUCAAAACCUUGAGCCAAAAUAGCCAAGCCUGGAGUAUGCAGUGGACUGAUAUAUGGCCAAUUCUGUUUAUUUUACAAAAAUCCUUUAAGUACUUUUAGUACUCUGUGCAAAAUAUCUUGAGAAUUUAGACAUCCUGAAAAUAUAUUUAUACCAGACUUUGUUUCUAUGUUAAGCUAAGUGGAAUGACACCAUAUAGCUAAAACUUGGUGGGUACUACAAGGAAGGAAUUUGUGGAAGAAAUUUCCUCUGUUCUUUCCACUCUCUUCAACCUAAGCAAUACAGAUGUGUGAGAUUUACAGUACCAAAAAUGUCUGCUCUGUACCCUGCAGUGGAAUAAACUUUUUUAAAAUGCUAGAUUUUAUUAUUUUAAUAGCUCACAGCCUAGGAAAGUUUUGAAUAUUUAUUUUACCUCUUUUGUCGAUAGAAAGGUAUAGUAGGGUACUUUUUUGCAUUAAUUGACCGAUCCCCUCCAUCUUUGUUCCAAGUAAUGGGACUAGAAUUUUUUGUGUACUAUCCAGUUAAAAGAAACAAAAGGUUUUUUCCCUCCCUAGAGACUUACGGAGAUAGGUAGAUAUAUAUACACAUAUAUGUGUACAGUAAGUCCUCACUUAAUGUUAUCAUUAAGGUUCUGUGACUUUAAGCAAAAUGACAUAGCAAAACCAAUUUUACCAUAGGCUAGUUCAUGUAAACAAGAGUUAAAUUCCUAUGGCAUCUCGUCAACAUUAUGACAAAACGACAUUAAACAAAAUGGUUUCAUUCGAGGAUCUGCUCUAAUGGAUGUUGGUAUAUACACACGCACGUAUGUAUAUAUAUAUUUAUACACACACAUGCACAUGGAGACAGAAUGCACUAUCUCCAUGAACUAUGAUAAAGUUCAGUGCAGAGCUUAGGCCUGUUCUCAUUGCAUUAGUGUCACUCCUUGUCAAAUGUAUUUUAAAGUGCCUUUUUUUGGUGAUUAUUAAUGCUGGUUUGUUGAACUCUGGCAUGAUUAGGUGGUUAGCCUUUCUAAGCACUGAAAAAAUAAAAUUCUUUGGUCAUUUGCUGCAGCCAAGAGAAGUGUUUAGAGGGAGCCAAGGCUCUCGUCCGUUUGAGUCAGUCUUGCUCACUAAACACGCUCAUCAUGUGUGUUGUCACAUUGUUACAGAAUAGAUGCAGAUCAUCCAGCAAGGAGCGUCUCAGAAAAAAAGAAAUCGCUUUUUCCUAAUAGCAUGUGCUAUUCUGAUAAUGGCCAGUGUGAUUACCAACAAGUACAGUUUUGAUUACUUUUUCUUAAUUGCUUUUAGAGAAUAAAAGUGUU